UAAUAUAAUUAAAAAAGGCAAAAAAUGGUGGAUUUUGAACCUUAAAACUUCUGUUACUUUUCAACUCUGUCUGCAUGAGAUCAAACAAUCUGUUAAUGUUCUUAGGAGAAACAUAAUUUUCCUUAGUAUUGGUGAUAAUAGGCUAUGAAGGCGUGUAAGUUUUUUGCACAAGCUAUUUUGAGAUUAUGCUUUUGUUUUAUAUUAUUGUUCCAGUUGUUUUAAUAAAGUCCAGCUGUUUGAUGAAUCAGCUUCUUCAUGUCUUUGGAAAUGUUACUUUCAUGCUCUCUGUUUCCAAUAUGUUGUUAGAAAUUCUUUUGGUUAGACCCUUGUAGUGUAUUAGCUUCUUGAAGUGUUUUAUGAUUCUUUUAAUUUUUAUGGGGCCAAACAGCAGCACCACUAUCACAAACUGCUGCAAUGAAUGUUAACUUUUAUAUUUUAAAGUCAUUUUCAUUGUGUUUCCUUUCCUUGUAAAGCUUUUAAUCAGAUGCCAGGAGUGAACGUGGAUGGAUAUGCUAGGUGUCCUAUGUUUACAGCGGGGAUCUUUUUGAAAAUAUAAAUAAUUGAAGUUGUCCAAUGUUUUUGGGGGCUGGUCAUUCACAAAAUACUAAUAACUGAGGACACAUCCAAAUACUUUGAGAUCUGAGUUUUCAAUGAAGUACCAAUCUAUUUUGAUAUAUUUCUGCAUUCAGUGGAUGAUGUGCCUGUAGCAUUCUUCAUUGAAAUAUGUGCAAGAGGCAUCAUGUUCUGCUUCCUUUUACCUAUGUUGAUGUUUGCUCCAAUGACCUGUUUUUGUUGAGUGGUGGUUACCUUGUGCAUUCCGAGGUCCACAGAACAAAACUGAAUUAUUAAACACAAAUACUAAAGCACAUGCCAUAGGGUAAAUGUAUUUGGAUGAAAGUGCAGUAACAUAAAUCACAUGAAUGGUUUUUAUCUGAUCUCGCUAUCUCUCUCUCUCAAUUUAGGUAUAUUCUGAAAAUGGCGAAAGUUAAUAAGGUGCGAUGCAAGGCUGAUUCCCGGCAGCACAGAUUGACACCACAUGCAUUGUCAUCUUGUUCACGGAAGGCUGUUAAAAGUUGUCACUUGAACAAAAAACAUUCAAUAACUUCAGAGAAGAAAGAUUGGGAAGGUGCUACCUGCUCUAUUUGUCUAGAGCAUCCUCACAACGCAGUGCUUCUCCUUUGCUUCUCUUAUAAAAAGGGCUGCCGUCCAUAUAUGUGUGCCACCAGUCGUCGUUUUUCCAACUGUCUUGAACAAUACAAGAAAGCUUAUACAAAAAUAACUCCUACAGAAGGGGCGCAGCAAGAAAGCAAUUCAACGGAUCAUUCAAGACCCGCUUUGCAUAUGGAGCCAGCCAAUGAGAGGGCAGAGGUUCCAGAGCUUUUAUGUCCACUUUGUCGAGGGCAGGUUAAAGGUUGGACAGUGGUGGAACCAGCUCGUAAGCAUCUCAAUGCCAAGAAAAGAACCUGCAUGCAGGAUAAGUGCUCAUUUGCUGGAACUUAUAAGCAGCUGAGGAAGCAUGUUAAGGCAAAGCACCCAUUGGCACAACCUCGAGCUGUGGAUCCUUUACUCAAAGAAAAAUGGAAGAAGUUUGAAUGUGAAAGAGAGAGAAAUGAUGUAAUCAGCACGAUUAUGUCAUCAACACCUGGGGCACUGGUGCUUGGUGAUUAUGUGAUUGAGCCGGGGUACCGUGGCAUUCAUAAUGACUACGAUUCUGAUUCUGAUUCAUCAUUGGAUGAUGGUUUCUUAUCUCUGGGGUCGUUUGAUAGAGGGCAGAGUAGUGGCUUCCGCUUUCGUAAUGGAUAUCACCUAGACUAUGAUUCAUUGGAUGAGGAUGAUUAUGGGACGCGCCGUCCAGGCCCUCCUGGUUCUGCGGCAAUAACUGGACGCAGUUUUCACAGGAUACUGCUGGAGAGACCAAGGAGGCGGUGGUAUAGAGGUAGUAGAGGUCGAAGCUACUGAACGUGAUUGGGGUUACAAAGGCGGUAAUCAACUAUCUCGAAUUGGUUUCUCUAUAUUUUUUUCUGCUGCGAUCAUGUGCCAUGUGUGAUGGUUGCCUAUGUACCCUGAUGUGGUGCUAUGCCAUUGGUGUCAAAUAAGUGUGGUUUCCAACAAAUAUUAGGAAUGAUAGUCUGAGGGCCUUGCCUAUGGUUAGGUCACUAGUUCCGAUGAGGAUUAAAGCAUUUAAUUGGUCUGUUUAGGUGCACGAUUGACUAUCAUUUUCGUGCAUGGUAAUUUGAACUGGGAUCGUGUUGGUUCGUUGUUGAUAUAUUUCUUUCGUGAUUGAUGCUUUCUUUUUCCUCGUUUAUAUUCAACGAGUCUCUCACCGUUAUGUAUCCUGCACAUCUUGGACUGAAGAUUCAAGCACUAUCUGGUCUCCUUUUGGCUUG